AUAAGUUGACAUAUGCUUGGUUUUAAUGUUGUAUGUGUGUGUAACGAUGCUUUAAUGUAAUGAUGAGGUGUCCAUGUGUGGAGUGUGUUUUGUUCUAUAAAAGCAUUAGAGUGGCAGUAAUGCACCGCUGUGAGGUUGGGCAUCAUCAGGCACGCGCAUUCAGUUCAAUUCACCGCACUAUCGUCAGAUACACAAAACGGAGGAGGCUUCUCAUCUCGGGUGCUAAAACGUCUUCCUUUUAUCUGACGUUCGUCUGCUUUCAUUUCCGUUUACUGUAAAUAUCACUUCGUCGUCUGAAUGGCUGAGUCUCCACGCAAAUUUUUAUCUUUCUCUUGUGUGCCGUUCAUUUUUGUCUCCGCUGGUCAUGAAGCUAAAUGGCAGUUAGCCUAGCAGCGUCGCUACUCCCUGUAGCUGGACUAAAAAAAGUGGCCUAAAGAUUCAAUCAAUGAAAACCCCCUUCAGAACCAGCCUUUGGAUGUCUCUAAACUGUUAUAAACCAGCAAAGGUCAAGAGGACGCAGCAAAGGUGCUCACAAGGGGAAAGAAAAUAAGUCCGUGUGCUGAGAAAGAGAGUGAAAAGGAAAACGGAGGAAAGCAGCAGCAGCAGCUGGUCGGCAGCUAAAGUGAAAGAAAAACACCAACAUCCCUGUGAUGGCAAACGAGCCGGUUAUUCUGAACGUCUAUGAUAUGUAUUGGAUCAAUGAGUUCACUACCUCUCUGGGAAUUGGAGUCUUUCACUCAGGAAUUGAGAUCUAUGGCAGAGAGUUUGCCUAUGGAGGACAUCCUUAUCCUUUUUCAGGUAUAUUUGAGAUAACACCUGGUGACGCCACAGAACUGGGAGAGACAUUCAAAUUCAAAGAGGCCAUUGUUUUAGGGAGCACAGACUUUACAGAAGAGGAUGUGGAGAGAAUUGUGGAGGAAAUGGGGAAGGAAUAUAAGGGGAACGCCUACCACCUCAUGCACAAGAACUGCAACCACUUUUCCUCAGCACUAUCAGAGAUCCUCUGUGGUCGAGAGAUCCCACGCUGGGUGAACCGACUGGCCUACUUCAGCUCUUGUGUGCCCUUCCUUCAGAGCUGCUUGCCAAAGGAGUGGUUGACGCCGGCCGCACUGCAGUCCAGUGUUAGUCAGGAGCUCCAGGGAGAGCUGGAGGAGGCCGAGGAUGCUGCGGCCUCUGCCUCGACGCCUUCCUGCGCUGUGGCACCCGCUCCCAGACCUACCCGACACCAACCACGCCGAUGAACCCUGCUGCCUUGAGUGACAGGCCACCCCUGCUUUGAGCUGGACCACAGCUCCUGCUGCCAAUAGACCCCACACUCCCUCUCCUGAGAGACUAGCAAUUCACCAGCGGACUAGAUGAAAUCCACCGUCUGUGUUCACUGAUUUAUUUCAGUACGCUCAAGUGACCGUUACGGGCCUGGAAACUAUCGAUCUUGUUUACUGUAAAACCUUCUAUGGGUUCGUCAGUGUUUUGACUUAAUUACGUUUUGGCCUUUUAUGUUUUGUUUUAAAAACUCAGGACUUGAAUACAAUGGCUUUUAGUCACCGUUUUUUUUGUUUUCUAUUUUUUAAUGCUUUUCUUACGCUGGAGUUGAGCACUAGCCUUUUUCCCCUUAUUCCUACAGGAAGCGCCUAGUCAGUGAAUAUGAGACAUUUUUAUGGAGAACAUUUGUUUACAGAUUUCUUGCGUUCCAAUCCGUGUAUGAUUGUGUUGUGUGCAGGUUACAAAAGCCAAAUUUCCACACUUUUGUAAUGACACACAUCCCACACUUUGGUGACUGUGCCUGAAGAUUUUUACCAUUACGUGCUCGGAGAGCUCUGCACUCUUUCUCUACAGAUCUCUACCUGUUCGGUCUGCUUUGAGUGGCAGGCUUCUUAUCCUAUGAGACCUUCCUCAGAUGUUUUACACCUUUUUAGUUUUUAGAGUCUUAUAUGUACUUGAGACAUUUGUAUUGCAUUUUAUGAUUAUUAAAGAAAAUAUACAAGUCUGUUCUCAAACAAAGUUAUCCGUUAAUUCUGACAACUCAGUGGAAACAUACAAGAGUGUUUCAUGUUAAAGGCAUAAUUCAAUAUUUGCUCACUCUCGUCAUUUCGAAUCCGUUUCUUUCUUUUAUCAAACAAAAAUACAGACGUUUAGCAGAAUGUCUGAGCUGCUCUUC